AUGCUGCCGGAUCCUGAAGAUUUCAGUUUAAUUUUCCAUGAAGCCUAUAAAAUUCUUCCAGAAAACUCAAAGAAUAGACUGGAGUGGAAGAGACUCAAGAAGAAGUCAUCAAAAUUGGGAUAUAAACCUAAGAACAAGAUUGAAGUACAAAGUGAGAAUGACUCUCACAGUGCUCCUGAAAUUGAAUUACCUGGGAAUGCCUCUUCAUUUUCUGUAUUUGCAUCUAUUCGCUUAGCAGUCCUUGAUAGGUGGAUGAGACAAGCAAGCCAAGAAUUUCUUCGUAGUAGUUGCAGUGCUCCUCUUCAAGAUCAGAAUGAAAUUGAAAGUGACACUGAGGAUAAUUCUCAAAGCACAUACCUUACUCCAUUCAGAGUUUCAAAAGUUGUUGGCCUAGGACUGAGGUCAGUUUUUGAACUGAUUAAAGAGAGCAGAAUUACCCAUCCUGUACUUUGUACCAAAGCUCUAUUAGCUUUACUAGAUAUUUUACAAGGCCAAGCUCCAGAGGCCCUAAAAUCUGAACCUCCUGAAGUUAUUGACUCUCUUUUUGAUCUGUUGUUGGACCUAGCUACUCUUCAUGGUCCAGAGAGCUCAGUUCCUAAUAAUGGGAGCCAUUUUACAGCAGUUGCUUGUGCAUGUCUUCUGUCAUUGGUUGUAGUAAGGGGUGAUACUGGAAAGUAUUUGUCUGCAGCUGCAGCAUUGUUGAUGUGUCCACGUGCUUUGUCAUUGCAAAAUAUUCAGAUGCCUGCUGUUCUCUCUUGCCUGCAAAAAAGUAUCCACAGCGUCUUGUUAGGAAAACUAAUUCGCCCGGAUUGGACAACUCAUGGAGUCCCAAAUUCAGCCAAAAUCGAUUCUUUCUCUGUCAAACUCCCAGCUGAGUUACAGAAUGUCCAGUUGAAAAUGAAGUCAUUGGCCUGUGACGGUCAGUUUCUGUAUUUGUUCACCUCAAAUGGGUUGUUCAAAAUCGGCAGUGGAUAUGGAGGUACAAUCAAAGGUCAUCUGGUUAUGUGGAAACCUGAUUUUUAUCCUAGCGACGAUGGAAGCUUGGUUUUUUGUGAUGGCAACCUAUAUUUGAAAUCAUUAGGAAGAAGAGGCGGUGAAUUUCUAGUAGUUGAAAGAUCAAAUCUUCUAAUUUCUGCAUCAGUCCCAUUGCAUAAUAGAGACUCCUCUGCUACUGUGAUAUUUUCUGAUGGAGAACAUCUGGGAAUCAUCUCGCCUGCAAAAGAUUUGGCAAGAAAAUGUGUUGAAGUGUUUGGAGUUUCUUCAUUUGAUGAAGAUGUCGGAUCAUAUACUGUUAACAUAGGAAAUGAGGAAGAAAUUGGAAAUAUUUGUUGCGGUAAAGAAUUCGGACUCAUCAGAACUGUGACGGGAAAAGUUUUAUAUUGUGGUAAAUCUUCCGCUCUUGGAAUUAAGCAGGCAGGUUUGAGGACUGGAAAAUGGUCUGAGUUAGUGUUAACGAAAACGCCAAAAGUCAGCCAAAUUGCUAUAGGUCAUGAUGGACUUCAUGCUGUUUUGUUAACUGAAGAUGGAUCGGUAUUUUUUAUAGGAACCGCUCGUAGAGGUGAAGAUGGUGAUCAAAACAAAGUCAGGAGGCAGCCUAAACCAGUCAAGCCAAAGAAAAUGAUAAAGGUUGAUGGGCAAUGUAUCGUGUCCCUGGCAUGUAAUAAUGGAACUACUGCUUUAAUCAAUAAAGAAGGAGAACUCUUCAUAUUCGGGAAAGAUACAACACACACUGAAGCAACCACAGGUAUUGUGGGAAGUUUGAAAGGUGAAUUCAUAACACAGGUGUCACUUGGUAAAGCCCAUGCUGUUGCUUUGACUAAUAAAGGACAAGUUUUCACAUUUGGAAUUAACAAUAAGUUUCAAUGUGGAAGAGAAUUCAAUCCAACCAAAGAAGAAAAUUCGUCAAAUGUUGUUGCCAUGGACACAUGUGGUGUACAAGAAGAACAAGAACUCUUUGAUGAAAUACAAUCGGAAAAUCAAAAAGAUACCGACCCGGGUGUAUCAGAUCCCAAUCUUGGAGAACAACACAACAUUUGCCCUUCUGGAAUGCACUCAUGGCAUGAUGAUAUGUGUAUGAUUUGCACUGUCUGUAGAGAAUGCACGGGUUAUUCAAUAAGUUGUUUGUCCUCUGUCAGCUCAGAGAGGAACCCAGGGCAAAUAUGUGCUAGAGAGGUGGUUGAUAACUCAGAGCUGGCUGAUUUAGCUGGAAUGAUGAAAAUUGAUUUGAUCUUCAGGGAAAAAGCUAUCCCUCCCAGACAGAGAACAAAACUACAAGAACAGGUCUAUACAUUUGGAUCAAAUCUUUAUGGGCAGCUUGGAUCUGGAGAUAUACUGACCAAAAGUAGCUUACAGCUAGUUAGGCUUCCUUGUAGCGCUGUACAAGUAGCUGCAGGCAGCAAUCAUUCAGUGGUAUUGACAAUGAAAGGAGAAGUGUAUACUUUUGGCAAUGCACAAAAAGGACAAUUGGGACGAUCGCCCAACCCUCCCAUUUCUCAAGACUGCCAACCAGGUAACAGUUCUUCUUCUCGCAACUCUAAUCCGAGAACCCCUUGGUACAGUAUUCCCGGACCGAUUCCAAACAUCGGACCAAGACAUGGGAGAAGGGCAACUUGGGUAGGCGCAUCAGGAGAUCAAACCUUUCUGAAGUUGGACGAGAGUCUCAUUAAUUCCAUCAGCAUUGCAAAGUCGACAGUGACUGCAAACAAGCAUUCUAUAGUGCUGGUCCCAAAUGAGGAAGAAAUUGCCAAAAACUUCAAAUGCCUGGUGAUAAAUAAACGAGAUGGUAACUGUAACUCGUUCAAAAGUCCUAAUCAAGUAGAUUUCAGCAAUAAAAUAGUUUGUAUGGAUCCCAUAUAUAAUGUUCUAUGGUCAUACAGUUCCUCGACCAAUGAAUUGGCUUGUUAUAAUAUUAUCGCCAGCGAACUUCAGAUCAGAAAAAUGAUCAGUAUCACAGACUAUCACAGCAAACUAGUUUGUGAACAAAGAAAUCUGAACAAGACUCUACAACUGACCUCGAUUUUAACGCCAGAAUUGGCUCUUCCUAUCUUUACGAACUGUCAUGUAACUCGUUUCCAGGCAGCGAUCAACUUGUUGUGUUGUUUGGAUAUUUUAUCGAUUGCCCAUGAUUUGCACAUUACAACUAUAAGUGAGAUUGUGGAUGACAGACAGUUGAUUUCGGGAAAGCAAUAUUCCAAAGAGGAUUUUCUGGCUGUCAACAGAUUUGAAAGCCAUGGCGGUGGUUGGGGAUAUUCAGGCCACAGUAUUGAAGCCAUCCGCUUCAUGGCAGAUUCCGACAUUCUUAUAGGCGGUUUUGGCUUAUUCGGUGGCAGAGGCGAAUACACCGCCAAACUGAAAUUGUUAGAUAUUGGACCUGAGGGUGGAGAACAAGAAAUCGAUGGUGAAUUGUUAGCUGAGACGGAAGAGAUUCCAUAUGAGUGUGGACCGAGACAGAAGUUCCCCAUAUUGUUUGAUGAACCAGUCCCGUUACAGGCUCAUCGAUGGUAUGUGGCAUGGUGCCGCAUCAGUGGUCCAAGCAGUGAUUGUGGUUCUUCAGGUCAAACUAUGGUCACUACUGAGGAUCAAGUUCUUUUCUACUUCAAGUCUUCAAAAAAAUCGAAUAAUGGCACUGAUGUGAACGCAGGACAAAUUCCUCAGCUACUUUAUAAAAUAAUAACCCCUGAAAACCAGUCACCACCCAGGCAAAGUGACAUCAUAGAACCAAUUCAUAUUUUGUCUAAAGAAUUUUCUAGAUCUGUAACUAAAGAAUGCUUCCAGAGUUUACUGUCACUCCUUCAAUGGUCCUGGAAUACGUUCAAAUGGGGUGUAUUGGAGGGCCAAUCUCUCAAAAAUAUGUAUACUAACUUAGAGUUAGAACAGCUCGUGUACAUCAGUAGAGCCAGCUUACGUUUGAUCUGCACUUAUACUAACGAGAUAUACCCGAGACAUAUAAGCAGAAAAGUGUCUUUAGAGAACGUUCAGUUGGCAGAGAGCAUAGGCGACGUUAGGACGUUAUUGAAACAAAUAUUGUCUGAUAAUGUAACGGUGGUCAUGCAGAAUAAAAAAUCUAGCAAGAUCAAUACAGUGAGCAUCAAUAUGAUGAAUAAUGUGCUGGACGAGUGUCACCAUACUUUUGUAUCCUGUUUUCAUGCUUUUUAUCCUACUGCAUAUUUGAAGUGGACUUGCCUAUGUGAUCUUUUGGCUGAAAGUAAUAAGGAUGACGGACAAAAUAUUUACAAUAAUAGCCAGAGGUUGUUAAGUGCAGUAUUAUGUGCAUUAAGUGCAUCUAAUGUGCGGCUGAGAAGCACAUUUCCCCUUAUAGGCCAUAGUAUAAGUUCUGAAAGUUCAUUACACAGAGGAUUGAGCCCAUCAGACAACACUGGCUUGCCGAUGAUGAGCGUUUCUGAUUCUCAUCACUAUCCAAUACUGGUAGAGCAAAUGAGUUACAAAAGUCAGGAAGAUCUCCAAGGGACCUGCGGUAGGACAUUGCAUAUGACUCCUUCACGUUUCACCCGAACCAAUCAAUCUAGAACUUGGAAUACCGGCAAUGGUUCUCCUGAUGCGAUUGGUUUUCAAGUUGACCAUCCUGGAAUUUCAAUUGUGGGCGCUGGCAUCUACGGUGGCAUCGGUCAUUAUGAAUAUGAACUGGAGCUAUUAGAAGAUACGAGUUCAACAAAUGGUUCAGAAAGCCACACCCAUGCUCAUAGGUGGAAUAGUUUAGAAAUCACAAGAGGUUCCUUUGGUCCUGAAGAUUUUCCACCUGAUAUCAUUGAAAUAAAGUUUGAUAGAGCUGUUCCAAUAAAGGUGAGUCAAAUCAAGUUAUAA